AUGACAACCACACAGUCCCAAAAAGUCUCAGACUUGAUCAAGCAGCUUUCAGCCAUUGAAAAGUUGUCGGAGAGUGCACUCUUUGAGAACGAUAAGCUGCGUUCAGAUGCUGCGCAUAUCGUGAGAAAGCUUUCUGUGGAGUUGGAGAAGCCCGAAGAUGCGAUUGCAUUAAACACUCAAGUUGCAGCGGUGAAGGUCGGAGUCGAUUUAGAACUGUUCCAUCAUCUCGGAGAUGGACCGGGAGCAAAAACUGUUGAUGAGUUGGCCGUGCGGACGGGUGCAGAUGCAGAAUUGCUAAUUCGCAUUCUUCGACUUCUCGUGGCCAUAAACUGGGUCGAUCAAGUGGACGAAAACUUGUUCAAACCAACACGCAUUACCAACACUUUGAAAGACAGUAAGCCAAUGCAAGCGUCUGUCAAGCACAUGUACCUUGCUCUUCCAAUCUACGCCAAACUCCCAGAAUACUUGAAGAAAACCAAUUACAAAUCCCCAACGGAUGUCCAGGACGGGCCUUUUCAAUAUGCAUACAACGUGAAAGAACCGGCCUUUGAUUAUUGGGCAAAGGACCCCGUUGCAACGGAUACAUUCAACACGUUCAUGACAGGCGUUCGCGCUGGUAGAAAGAACUGGGUUCAAUGGUUUCCCAUUCAAGAGCAUCUAAUUUCCGGAUCGACUGGGAAUGAUGAAGAUACAUUGAUUGUUGAUGUCGGUGGUGGCAGAGGACAUGAUUUGAAUACAUUCAUCAAAACUUUCCCAGGUGCCAAGGGGCGUUUUGUACUUGAGGAUCUUCCAGUUGUCAUUGACGACGUGAAUGAUAGGAAUCCUCAGAUUGAGGCAGUGAAGCACAACUUUUUUGACAAGCAGCCAAUACAUGACGCUCGAGUUUAUUUCAUGCACCACGUCUUGCAUGACUGGCCAGAUGACGACGUCGUCAAGAUUCUGACCAAUGUCGCAAAGGCAAUGAAACCGGGAUAUUCGAGGCUCUUACUUGGGGAAAACGUGUUGGUAGACGUAGACUGUCAUCUUUACGCUACCCUCAUAGACUGGGGUAUGAUGGUACUGCAUUGCGGUAUGACCCGGACGGUUGGCCGAUGGAGGAUGCUUUGUGAGCGGGCUGGAUUAAAGCUAGUCAAGUUUUGGCCACCUCCUGGUGAUGGUGAUGGAAUUCUCGAGGCAGUUUUGGCUGGUGAUGAAGUUAUGUGA